UGUCUCUAACAUGUUGAAUUUUAUCCUUAACUUUCUGAUAGCCUCUAUCUAGUCUAGUGGAAGGUGUCCUUGCCUCUGGCAGCGGGGGUGGAACUAGAUGGUCCCUUCUAACCUGAACCAUUCUACAAUCUCAGCUCUGGGCAACUCUCUAAGGCAGUAAUGUCUUCACCAUCCACUCCAGCGUUGGAGACAGAGAUUUUCCAGUACAUUGAUGAACACCAAAGUGAUUCUAUUGAGGAUCUUAAGGAAUGGGUGGCUGUGGAAAGCGAUUCUAUUCAACCAUAUCUGAGGAAAGAAGUAAUACGAAUGAUGGCGCUGGCAGCUGACAGACUUGUGGCACUUGGAGCCACUGUUAAUUUAGUAAACUUGGGGUCACAUCAGCUGCCUGAUGGCCAGGACCUCCCACUGCCUCCUGUGAUUCUUGGGGAACUGGCAGAGGAUCCACAAAGCCCCACUGUAUGUUUCUAUGGUCAUGUGGAUGUGCAGCCUGCCAAGAAGGAAGAUGGCUGGAAAACUGACCCUUACACACUGACUGAAAUCGAUGGAAAUCUCUAUGGGCGUGGAGCAAUAGAUAAUAAAGGACCUGUCCUAGCUUGGAUAAAUGCAGUGGAAACAUUUAAAGCCUUGAAAUCAGCUAUGCCAGUGAACUUCAAGUUCGUAAUUGAAGGCAUGGAAGAAGCAGGGUCCUUGGGGCUAGAAAAGUUACUUCAAGAGGAGAAACAGUGCUUUUUCUCUGAUGUUGAUUAUGUUGUGAUUUCGGACAGCCUUUGGCUCAGCAACAGGAAGCCUGCCCUUACAUGUGGGAGUCGGGGAAAUGCCUGCUUCUUUGUUGAGGUUGAAUGUGGCAGCAAGGACCUUCACUCUGGAACUUUUGGAGGCAUCAUUCAUGAGCCGCUGAUGGACCUCAUAGCUCUGCUGGACAGCCUUGUGGAUCAUACAGGUCAUAUUCAGAUCCCUGGAAUCUAUGACAGUGUUGCUUCCCUGACAGAGGAAGAGAGGAAAUUAUAUGAAUCUAUUGAAUUUGAUCUGGAGGAGCAUAAAAACAAUAGUGGCGUGAAAAAAUUCCUCUAUGGCACCAAGGAAGAAAUACUUCUGCACCUGUGGCAUUACCCUUCUCUCUCUAUUCAUGGGAUUGAAGGAGCUUUUAAUGAACCAGGAAUUAAAACAGUCAUUCCAGCAAAAGUCAUUGGCAAAUUCUCAAUUCGUCAGGUCCCCCACAUGGACCUUUCAGUUGUGAAACAACAGCUGGUGGAGCACUUGGAGAGUGUCUUUUCCAAGAGAAAUAGACACUUUCAGUUUGUUUGGACUAUGCCUUCAGGUGCAAAACCCUGGCUCGCUGAUGUUAAUGAUCCACUAUAUAAAGCAGCAAGAAAGGCAAUAAAAACAGUUUUUGGAGAAGACCCAGAUUUUAUCCGGGAUGGUUCAACAGUUCCUGUUGCCAGAAUGUUUCAGACUAUAAUGCAGAAAAGUGUGAUAAUGCUUCCAAUCGGUGCAGCCAAUGAUGGGGAGCACUCCCAGAAUGAGAAAAUAAGCAGAUACAACUACAUUGAAGGAGCCAAAAUGUUUGCAGCCUUUUUCCUGGAGAUAUCAAAGCUCCAUCGGCACUUACAUGAAAAUUCCAAUACAGAGACAAACAACUGAUAGACCAUCACAAGAAAAUCAGCAAAGCAUUUUAUUAUUCUUAAGCUUUCUAACUUCCUGAUCUGGAAAAACAUAAAAAUUGUAUAUUUAGUGGGUCAGAAUUGGUGGAAAAAAUAAUUGUCAUGUUAUUACUUGGCAUACUAAUAAAUAGUAUGCAUUUAUCUUAUCCCUAAUGCUAUAAAAUAGGGUUAUAGAUAAUUUAUUCUUGCUGAGUGGAAUAUGUUAUGCUUUAGUUUUAAAAUUCUGUGCAAAAUGAAUUUUUUUUUCCAUGUAUUUUAUUAAAAUUGCUUUAUUUCUGUUUUGUAGUAUCACCAUGCUCAUGCUGCCUCACAUGUAUUCCAUCUUCUGGAUCUGAGCAAUAAACAGCACUGUCAUUUCCUCCUAGCAUAAACAAAAUUUCAUUAUGUAAUUGUUUGAAGAAAGAUCCAUUAUCAAGUUAAUCUCUUCCCUGUCCUUCAUAGGAUGCUGUAAAUAGGAAAUGCAAUACAAUUAGCUUGUUGAAUUUGAUGUAAAGACUUAUCUAUGAACAUCUAUGGAAUAAUCACUGAGGUCAAUAGAACUGCAAUAGUAAACCUUUAUAGGUCUGGAUUCUGCCUUUCCCCCAAUUUAAUGCAGAACUCCUGUAACUGUGCUGUGAGUACACUUUUAAGAAUCACGGCAUGUUUCUUUUAUGUGACCUUUUGUACAAUAGAAAAAAAAUUUUGUAAAUAUCUCUUCUGGUCAAUCUUUCAUCAGAAGGACAUUUUUCUACUCAAUUAGUAACUAAUUAUUGUGAAUUACUUUUAAAUCAUCAUCUUAUCAGAUAAUUAAAUCAAAGGCAAAUGAGAUAUUUUGAAAUUAAAACGAUAGUUGUGAGCUUGGUUUGCUGUUCAGGCAAAACAUGUAGCACAAGUAACUAAAAUCUGUAUUUUUUUUAUUUCAAAAUAUGAUUUUUACUCUAACAUCUAGUUAGUUCAUACACAACAAAAACAACUGAACCACAUUUAAACAAAAACUUCUGAGUUUUAUCCUUACUUGUAAGACAAAUUACAUUAAUGAAAUUGCAGACAGUAGUUGGCAUAUUUCCUUUCUCUCCUGCUACCUCCCUGCAAAAACCUGAAAGAGCAAAGACAAUUAAAAGCAUAAGAUGUGGAUGUUGAGUCUACAGAUGGAAAUAUUGUAUCACAGAUCAUCUGUAUGAACAGCUCUUUAAGAAAGACCAACCUGUAAUAUGCAAGUUCUGAUUUUUAGUAGUUGCCCCGAAGUUCCCAGGAGCUGCAACAUAAAAGUAGCUAGCCUCUUAAGAGAUCUGGGAACAGCAAUACUCUGGGAUACUUAGGUUUCAAAACAGGUUUUCAAUACCCAUUCUCAGACUUA